CAGUUAGAUCAUAAUCAACACAUAUAUCUAGUAUAUUAUCAGGACCAUGAUCAUCAUUUCUGUUAUGCUUGUAUUCACCACCGUUGUGGGAUGCACAGAGCACAAAGACUUUAUAACAAAGACGGUUGCUGUUGGAGAAAGCAUCAUUCUAAAAUGUAGCCGACUGGCCAGUAAGUCAGGAUACUUAUUCUGGAUGAAACUUGUUCCCGGAAAACUGCCUGAAGUUUUAGCAGCAACUUACACGUUUGAUACCAGCAGCAUUAUUCCGCAUCCUGGUGUCACAACUUAUCAGGAACCUGGGGCAUUUGUUCUGCAUCUAAGGCAAAUAAAGCUGAGUGAUUCUGCCUUUUAUUACUGCGAUGAAGUACAUGAGCUAAAGAAGAUGAUUUUGAAUAUCACUUUCAUCAGAGUCAAAGCUCAUCCAGGAGACUCUGUGACUCGACAGUGUUCAGCCCUCGCUGAUGCUCAGAUGUGUCCAGAUAAUUAUACAGUUUACUGGCUCAGAGACGAUACUAAUGGAACUCCCAGUGUGAUGUGUCUUUGUGGAACUGGUGAAAAUUGUGAGAGGAGUCCUGAAGAACAAGCUUCACAGAAAUGUGUUCACAACUUCUCAAAGAGCAAAAUCAGCCCCGCUGAUGGUGGAGCUUCUUACUGUGCCGUGGUCACACGUGGACAUAUUCUGUUUGGAAAAGAGACACAACUGGAGAAUGAAGCAUCAUCCUCUGAUUUUUUUGGGACUAAAGUCCUUUUCUUUCUAUUGGGUGCUGCUUUGUCUGCAAGCCUGGUUGUUACUGUCAUUCUAUUUUGCAAAAUCAAGAAAUUACAGCUUGGGAUAAAUGUUGCUGUCGAUUCUGAGGCAGUUGCUGCUGAACGAAUUCAGCCGACAAAUGAAGAUACUUUGGUUUAUUCUGUGCCAAAUUUCAUAAGAAAUGAAGCUGGCAGGAGACUAGGAAGAGGUGAAAACCCGGCUGAGGUGCAGAUCAUCUACGGUGAUGUUAGAGCUUUGGAGUAUGAAUAGCUUGAAAAACUAAACUGAUGGUAUUUCAGUGCUUGUGUAUUCUGCCAUCUGUAACACAUUUGAAAUGUUUUAAGAGUGACUUUGAAAUAAUCUGUGAGUUGCAGAUAUUUAUACUGUACUUUUAUUUUUCACGUACAGUAGUAGUUGCAGUUCUCCCAAACAAUCAAAGUUGUUUUUUAUAUGCUCAAUGCAUUUCUUAUAGGUUAGCUUAAUUUGCGGUAUUUUUAAAAAUUGAUUUUAAAAUGGAUGUUACAAAAGGCAAAUGAAUGGUUUUUUAAAAGUUUUUAUAUAAGUUAGUAAAUGCAAACCUAAAUCAUUUCUACAUUUUCUGCAGUAGCACAUUUUGCUUUUUUUUUUUGUUUAGAUAAAAUUUACUCCAAAAUAGUUUUCCUAGAUUUUCUUUUAUCAAUAAAAUAAGUUAUAGUCCCACUGUUGUCUUUCAAGUUGCUGAUUUUUUAAAUCUUCUUCGCCACGACAUUGUUUGUAAUUUGCUUUAAAUAUUUGGAGAUUUUGGUCAGAGUUCUGGGAAGUAGACAUUUUCUGUAACAGUCUAAUUUGGAGCACUGAGCAUUUCUGUUAGGUUUUGUGUUUUGGCUUUUGUAACAUGCAAGUUUAAAUCUACAAUAAAUGUAUAAAACAUUUAA